AUGCUGCCCAGAGGGAGCACAAUUCGUUCUAUAACUGUUCGGUUUUACUUGAAGGAUCCUUUUGGAAAAACUGUCUUCCCAGUGGCAAUACUACCGGAUCAACCUAUCUACGCUGCUAUUAUCACUCCUGCAAUUCAUUACACUAUGGGUGGAUUGAGAAUUGACAAAGAUGCUCGGGUGCAUAAUGAGUUCAUGAAUCAGCCAUUCAAAGGUCUUCUAGCUGCCGGAGAAGUGACAGGAGGGGUCCAUGGUGCCAAUCGUCUGGCAGGAAACUCCCUUCUCGAAUGUGUGGUGUUUGGAAGGAUCGCUGGCCGAACCGCUGCCGCCACCAAUUACAGUCAUGAAGAACUUUGA